AAAAACAGAAAACAGAGCACCUCCAGUGCCUCUACGACUCGUGAUUUUUAAAACCAAGAGAGACGGGCACUAAAGCUUUCUCCUUUUCCAUUUCCUUUCCUUUCCUUUUUUAUAUUACAAAGAUUGAAUCUUUCUCUCUCGCUCUCCAUGGCUGCUGCCAGAAACAGAUGCUAAAAGGAUUCUGGACAUCGAAACUUGAUCAGUAGUCUGCAAAUCCACCAGGAUUUUGGCAACAUGGGUCGGUCCAAAUCUGAUUAGGGAGGGCUCUAUGAUCGAAAGGGAGUUGUUUUCUGAAAAUUUGAGAGGACCCAGAAGGCAGAAUUUGAUUAUUGUGGACAAAUUAAUAUGAGUUGCAGCUGCUUCGGUGCUUCAGCUGCUUUCAGGAAAAGGGGUUCUGGUUCUGGUCGAUUUGGCCGUGAUCACGAUGAGAAUUUGCUGGAGAAUACCAAGGCUUUCUCCUACGACGAAUUAAGAUUGGCGACGGAUAAUUUCCAUUCGAGUAAUAAGAUAGGGAUAGGAGGUUUUGGAACUGUAUACAAGGGGGUCCUGAAAAGUGGAAAGCAUGUUGCUAUCAAGACACUUGCUGCUCGGUCGAGGCAGGGAGUCCGUGAAUUCUUAAACGAGAUUAACGCUAUCUCAAAUGUCCGGCAUCCAAACCUUGUUGAGUUGAUAGGGUGCUGUGUUCAGGGAGCCGAUCGAGUUUUGGUCUAUGAAUAUGUUGAAAAUAAAAGCCUUGAUCAUGCACUAUUAGGUCCAACGAGUAGAACCAUCCAACUGGAUUGGGAAAAAAGAUCGGCCAUUUGCCUGGGUACUGCCAGGGGUCUUACGUAUCUUCACGAAGAACUGGUGCCGCAUAUUGUACAUAGAGAUAUCAAGGCUAGUAACAUACUUUUAGACAGAGAUUUUAACCCGAAAAUUGGAGACUUUGGGUUGGCUAAACUCUUCCCUGACAACAUCACUCAUAUCAGCACAAGGAUUGCAGGAACAACUGGUUAUUUGGCACCAGAAUAUGCAUUGGGAGGUCAGUUAACCCUCAAGGCCGACGUUUACAGUUUUGGCGUUCUUAUUCUUGAAAUAGUAAGCGGCAGAAGCAGUGCCAAGGAAAACUGGGGUGGGACAGAAAAGCUUCUGCUCGAAUGGGCAUGGCAGCUCCAUGAAGAAGGGAGACUAUUGGAGCUAGCUGACCCGGAAAUGGGAGAGUUUCCCGAGGAAGAAGUCCUUAGGUACAUGAAGGUGGCAUUUUUCUGCACCCAAGCAGCAGCAAGCCGAAGGCCAAAGAUGAGCCAGGUUGUUGACAUGCUCUCGAGAAACAUCAGAAUCAACGAGAAGCAACUUACAGCCCCGGGUUUCUUCAACAACGCAGAGAGCCUAAGCGGGCCUUCGAGUAAAAAAUCAGGUUCCGAAACCACUACCUAUCAGAUGAGUUCUGUCCCCGACACCAUAACCCAAGUAACACCUCGCUGAAGAACAAAUGUAAUUGCGAUUCAAAGGAAGACGGUGAAAUAUCCACAACAAAUCAUUCAACAGUUCAUACCAUUGUUGUCGUUAACCUUUUUACACGUUUUUUUUCUUCUUCUUUUUAUUAGGCCAUGUUGAGUAGGGGUUAUUUGAGAUAAUGAAAAGUACUUAAUUUGUGUAGCCAGGAUGACGGUUAAUGUUAGCGGGAAAUACUUACAGAAUCAAACAAGAAGGAAGAAGAUAGAUAUAUAAGAUGCUUUUGACCAAA